AUGGCUGCUUUCCCUCCUCCUCCUCUGGCUUCCAUAGAAUGGGACAAACUGGGCGUUGCUCCUAUGGAAGUGAAUGGUCAUAUUGAAUCAGAGUACUCAAUUACUACUGGAGAGUGGUCUACCCCCCAUUUCGUGGAAGAUCCCUUGUUGCGUGUUCAUGGCCUAGCUCCUGGGCUUAACUAUGGUCAACAGGCUUUUGAGGGCAUGAAAGCUUACCGUGACCCUCAAGGUCAGAUCCAAAUAUUCAGACCCAAAGAUCAUGCAGCUCGUCUCGCCCUUUCUUGUUCUACUAUUGCCAUUCCUCCUGUCCCAGAAAGUGUCUUCCUGAACAGCAUCAAGCUGGCAGUUGUCCGUAAUGCCGAGUAUGUCCCUCCCCAUGAUUCCGAGGCCGCGUUGUAUAUUCGACCUCUGGUGUUCGGGUCGGACGCUUUCUUCGCUGUCUCUGCGGGCACUGGGUACCGGUUCUGCGUGUAUGUGCAACCCUACAAGGCAUACCAUGGAGUCCACCCCCUGCCUGCCCUAGUGUUGGAAGAAUUGGACCGUGCUGCUCCUCGGGGCGUAGGCCACGUCAAGGUUGGUGGCAAUUAUGCUCCCGUACUGAAGUGGAGCGAUCAAGCUCGUGCAGAGGGAUUCCAUAUCACUCUGCACCUCGACAGUCGAACACAGUCGCAGAUUGACGAGUUCAGUACCUCAGGGUUCUUGGGGCUGAAGAAGACUGGGGACUCAUUCACAUUGGUGGUGCCCAGUAGUCCGUCAAUUCUGCGUAGUGUCACCAGCACUUCUUGUGUCGAAUUGGCACAAUCGUUUGGAUGGGCGGUGGAAAUGCGACCUAUCCCAUAUCUGGAACUGCCCCACUUCACAGAAAUUCUGGCAGCGGGAACGGCAGCAAUGGUCGUCCCAAUCCGGUCGAUCACCCGGCGGUCUACAGAUGAUGUUUUCACUUUUGCGACUGAUGGUCCUGGUGAGGCUUGCGAGCGUCUGUCAAAAGCAUUGUUGGCGGCGCAGAAGGGCAUAGCUACUCAUGAUGCGGACUGGCUCUGGCCCGUGAGGGCAGAUGAGUAA